AGGGCCACGCUAAAAAUAAACCUGUGAUAGUUUCGCCCUAAGGAGGGAAGGAUUUCAAGGCGCACAAGAGCAACAACAUUUCUUUCUGAAUGUACACAGCAACAACAAGUGUCUCUACUUCUUUAAGUCUUCUCUGUCGCGUCGCUCCCACCAUUGCUGUAUUUAUAUUUACCUUUCUUGUCAGCUUCCUGUCUUAGACCGGAUGUUUGCGACAUUUUUCGUGGUCCGCCUCGUCACUAUGCCGGUGUUUCGCCAGAAGGAAAGAUGCGAAAGUAUCGAUAUCCUGGUUGCUGGUGGCUGAAGUAAGGUGCUUUUAAUGCUGAAGAAAGCUAUGAGUUGUGCUUCUGCCUUUGCUGUCUCUCCGUUAUGGAGGAGCACCUGUAGAGUUCUUCCCAGUUGUUCUUCCUUCUUACAUCUAAGAUAUGCAACUUCGUCUUAUUGCACUGUAAAUGGCAAAAUGAAAUCCAAGUCGGAUCAUCUGGAGAGAACAGCUAAUGACUUUCGACAGGAGAUUAUUUCUAAAGCCAAAGUGUGUGGAAUCACCAGUGAAUCUGAAACAGUUAAAAGGCUUCGUUUGGCUGUCACAAAUAAAGAAUUUACUUUUAAAGCAGGACAAUGGGUAGACUUCUUUAUACCUGGGGUUGCUGUCGUUGGUGGAUUCUCCAUAUGUUCAAGUCCUGGCCUGUUGGAACAAGAGGGAGUAUUGGAACUUGCAGUAAAAUACACAACACACCCUCCUGCUCAUUGGAUACACACUCAGUGUACCCUUGACUCAGAGGUGGCUUUACGGGUUGGAGGCAACUUCUUCUUUGAUCCCCAGCCAGCUGACCCUCCUGCAAACCUGGUGCUUAUAGCUGGUGGAGUUGGAAUUAAUCCUUUGUUUUCUAUACUGCUCCAUGUCGCAGACCUGCAUAGAGCACGAGCAAGUAAAGAAACUGGGUACAAGAUGGGAACAACAAAUCUGUUCUACUGUGCCAAGAACACACAUGAACUACUCUUUAGAAAGCAUAUCCUUGGCUUGACAAAUGCCUUUCCUGAGAAGAUUGCAUGCAGUUUCCAUGUUACCCAUCAGAGUUUACCCAUCUGUGAGAAACUGCAGCCUUACAUCAAGGAGGGAAGAAUAUCUGGAAAUGAUCUAGAAGAAUGCAUCUCCCAGGAUACUUUAUGGUACAUCUGUGGCCCUCCGCCAAUGAUAGAAUUUGUUGUUAAACUACUGGAAAAGCUCGGUGUGGCUCAAAAGAAUGUUUUCUUUGAGAAGUGGUGGUAGUGUUUUUGGCAUGGAACAGAAUGAAGAUAAUGUGUGAGUCUCCGUAGGUGAACGUUCUGGUUAAUGGUGAGAAUUUACAGAAACUGAACACUUCCAUAUGCGCAGAUUAUUAAAUUUCUGUAUUAAAUUAUGUAAAUUAUUUAAGGCUCUGUCAAAUGAUAUUGAAAAAAUAAAUGCAGUUCAUUAUAUAUGGCAGGCAUUUAUAUGUAAUUCACCCAACUGUAACUUUUCGAAAGUAAAUAUUAUAUUUCUUUAA